AUGAGAAUGAAUAAAUCAGGUUAUGCAUCUUUAAUAAAAGGGUUAUGUAAGAUUGGUAAAUCUGAUUUGGCUUUUGGAGUUAAGGAUGAGAUGGGAAGAGAGAAAAUAGCAUUGGGUUUAACUGUUUACAACACUUUUAUUAGUUCUCUUUUCAAGGUUGGUAAGAAAGAUGAAGCUUAUUGGAUUUUGGAGGAGAUGAAAAUCUCUGGUUGUAAACCUCAUACUGUAACUUACAAUGCAAAAAUUCAUGGGUUUUGUAUUGAAAAUGAUUUUGAUGCAGCUUACAAGGUCUUGGAUCAUAUGGUGGAAGAGGAGUGUAAACCAAAUGUAAUUAGUUAUAAUAUCAUAAUUGGUGGGUUGUGUAAAGAUGGAAAAUGGAGUGAAGCAAAUGAUUUGUUUGAAGAUUUAUCAAGACUUGGUUACAAACAAGAUAUUGUUUCAUUUAGAACAAUGUUUCUUGGGUUAUGUGAUUCUAGAAGGUUUAAUGAAGCAGCAACUUUCUAA